AAAAUAAUAAAAUCCGGUUAUAUGUUUGAAAGUCUGUUUAUAUUAUUUUCAUAUUGUUAAAGAUUCUGUUGAUUUGAUUAUUGCUAAUUAGAAGAUAAAGUGAUUAUUAUACAACAUUAUCUUUCUUUGUGUUUACUGUGGGGUCCAUCUAUUUUGCUGAAAAUGAAGAACAUUAAAGAGUUUUUUAGCAAGAAAAAGUUAUCUUACAAAUUUUCGAAUGCACCUCCUGGACAUAAGCUUGGUACUAAAGAGGAAGCAUCCGCUCAACGUUCAUCAUCAUCAUCUGCAUCUGCAUCUAAACCUCAAGCUUCAUCUUCAUCAUCUAGAGAGACUCCGGCCUCGUCAUCCGCCUCUGCUGAACGAAUUAAGACAGCUGCAGCUGAGGCUGCAGAACGUCGCCAGGCCCAACAGUUGGAAAAAUCUAAAGUGAAAUUUCCUAAGUCUUACCUACCGCCUCUAGAAAAGGAAAUUGAGGACGAAAGAAAAGCUGAACCUGAACCUGAACCUGAGGAGAAAAUCAAUGAGGAUGAUGCACAUAAGUUUAACUGUCCCGAUUUGGAUAUAGUCGAAUAUUCAUCAUUAGCUUCGUUAAAGGAGCAAAUUAUGGAAAAAAUUAAAUCAAAUUUUGGAGAAGACCCGAUAAUUUGUGGAUCUCUUUUGAUACGCAAUUGCAACCCCAGAGAAAAAGGAAAUGUGUGCAUUUCAACUUUGGAGGCGAUUUUAAAUAACUUGAGAACUGAAGAUGAAGAGGCAUUUGCAAAAUUCACAAAAUUAAGGAAAAUCAAAAUUGAACCCAAAAUUCUCUCCGCGAAUGGAGGUCUUGAGUUUUUAACUGGAAUCGGAUUCAAUCUUUCAGAGGAUGGUGAAUGGUUUACAUUCAAUGACUCUAAAAAUGGAUUGGAUGAGAAAUUGCUCUAUUAUUUGGAUGUUCUCACAACCAGUGCUGUUUUCCCUAUCUUUGUAGAUCGAGAAGCCUGUGUUUAUGAUUUAAAUGGAUUAAAUACACCUAAUGUUAACUUUGAUGACAAAAUUUUUGAGAUGACUAAAGAUGAACUUACCAGAGAGCAACAAAUUCGUAAAGAGAUUGCUGAUAGAGAAUCAACUCUUAUGACAAAAGCUAUGAGAGAAAGGUUUAUCACCAGAAAACCAAAAUCACGCUAUACAAGAUUGAGAUACAAGCGAUUGGAUUUCAAAAUGAUCGAGGCAACAUUUAGAACAAAUGAAACUCUUUAUGAUUUCAUUAGAUGGUUAAAAGAUGACCAUUCUAUGGAGGAUAUAGAAAAUUAUGAUAUAACUUGUGGAACCCAGACAAUCCCCGUUGAAGACUGGGAUAAAACAUUCCUUGAUCUCGAUUUCUAUCCGAAAGUCACAUUUUACCAACGCUUACGAAAUGCACCUAUGGAAUAAUUUAUGAGCUUGAAAGGUGUAAUAUUUGAAGCAACAAUCACCUAUCUAAUUAGCCUUCAUUGUCUUACAUCAUUCACUGUUUCAACUGUAUCAUAUGGUUUAUCAACUAAUGAAAAAACAUUGAAUUAGUAAAUAAAUGCAAGAAAUCGUUCGCAAGACAAUAAGACUUUUCAAAUUUUUCAUAAAUCAACUAUUUUCCAAUUUCACCUUCAAUCAAGAAUCAAUUGUAUUGUAAAUUUUCAUGAUGCUCGAAUUGGCAUUUAAGUAAAUAGUAUUGUUUCAAAUCAGUCAAUCCCAAAUCACUCUUGUUCAACUUAUUUCAGAGAUUCGUUUCUCCAACUUUGUGCAAUGAAAAAUAUAUUUCAAUAAAGUGCUAACCUUUUGACCAAAGAAA